AUGGUUGGAAGCCGGGGAAGCGUACCUUCAUUCCUCAAACUCCUUCUCAUUUCUUCUGUCUUGGUGGUCCUAUUUUCUCUUCAGGUUUCUGGCGUUCCUCUUGGUGGAUCGGACAAUGGACUGCAGGAUCAGACUCUGCUGAAAGAUGAUGAUCCCCUCAAAGACUUUGUGACGUCUGUGGCCAACGAGAAAGAGGAUCCGACACUGGCUUCCUCUCCACCAAAGCCACGGUUCUCCAUUCGGAUCAAUUCCCAGGAUGAUGUCUAUAUCGACCCAGGACAUCACAAUGAAGCCGUCCAGCAAGAUCAGCAGGAAAUGACCAUCACGACUCGUCCGUCCUGGUUUACGUCCACCUUGAUGGCUCGUCGCCUGCUGGCGCUGUCCAAGUUUGGCGUUGCUUCGACAAUUUACCCGCCACCAUCUCCGAAUACACGCGUGCCUCCUGCCCUUGCGGGUCAAUCGAUCAGCCUCCCUGAGUAUAUCGCGGACUGCGAGGAGGCGUUGCUCGACGCUGAUGAUGGCGGUCCACAGGGUAACCCGAUUCUCCUGGGUCUUUAUGUUUCGACUACCUUCCAGAAUGCAGCAGCAGGCUCCAACAUUAGCCUCUCGAUCGACUGGUGGGAUCACCUCAACAAGACCUCGCCGCUCUACCCAGGCUUCCCACUGAGUGCCGCUGGCCUUCCUCGUGUGUCGCUUUUGGGAUAUGUAGAGCGCUUCCCUACCCCGAUCGCAAACGAAACGAGACAGGCGCUGGAGUCGUGCUUCCUCGCUUCCCAUCCUGAUGCCGAGGCAUGGUUACCGGGAAAUCCAGACAGUCCGCACGCGGGUUUCUGGGCAAAGAUGGUUGUGACUAAGGCAUAUUGGAUCGGUGGAUUUGGCGAUCUCCAGCAAAUCGGAUGGAUCAACAUGACUGAAUGGAAUGGCAUUCGGAAGGAUCGCAGUUUGCCUGGCGUUGGUGAUGGACGUGGCUGGGACGAUGUCCGGCUGCCCGGUGAGGAUGCGUAA